AUGCAGAGUGGGGCUGAGGAAAAAGACGAAGUAGAGGGGAUAUCAAUAGGUGCUAUCCUUUCUGACUAUCAGCAUGUUCGAGUGGAAAAUGUGUGUAAAAGACUUAAUUUCCAGACUUGGCAGAGAAACCAGAAAGAUUUGCUCUGAGAGAUGAUAGCGUGUAACAUUCAAGUGAUCAUCAAAGUAGCAGCUCUUGGUUUAGAUUCAGAUAAGCAUCUUGGGAAAACCCUGCAUCAAAUGGAGCCAUAUCUUUUAGAGCUUUCUGAGAAGUAUGGGGCCCAUGUUUGUGGAGAAGGUGGAGAAUAUGAAACAUUCACUUUGGAUUGCCUUCUAUUUAAAAAGAAAAUAAUUUUGGAUUCGUCUGAAGUAAUCAUGCAUUCAGUCGAUGCCUCUGCACCUGUAGCAUAUCUACGCUUUUUAGAAAUCCACUUGGAGGAUAAGGUGUUACCAGUGCCUGACAACAAUAGAACAUCUAAUUUGAUAUAUAAUUCUUGA